AUGGGAUUCUAUGAUAAAGACAGUUCCGGCUGGAGCUCCAAUAAAGAUAAGGAUGCUUACAGCAGUUUUGGAUCUCGUAGUGAUUCAAGAGGGAAGUCUAGUUUCUUCAGUGAUCGAGGAAGUGGGUCAAGAGGAAGGUUUGAUGAUCGUGGACGAAGUGACUAUGAUGGCAUUGGCAGUCGUGGCGACAGGAGUGGCUUUGGCAAAUUUGAUCGUGGAAAUAGUCGCUGGUGUGACAAAUCAGAUGAAGAUGAUUGGUCGAAACCACUCCCACCAAGUGAACGCUUGGAGCAGGAGCUCUUCUCUGGAGGCAACACUGGGAUUAACUUUGAGAAAUAUGACGACAUUCCGGUUGAGGCAACAGGCAACAACUGUCCUCCACACAUUGAAAGCUUUAGUGAUGUUGAGAUGGGAGAAAUCAUCAUGGGAAACAUUGAGCUUACCCGUUAUACUCGCCCAACUCCAGUGCAAAAGCAUGCUAUUCCUAUUAUCAAAGAGAAAAGAGACUUGAUGGCUUGCGCCCAGACAGGAUCUGGGAAAACUGCAGCAUUUCUCUUGCCCAUCUUGAGCCAGAUUUACUCAGAUGGUCCCGGCGAGGCUUUAAGGGCCAUGAAGGAAAAUGGAAGGUAUGGGCGCCGUAAACAAUACCCAAUCUCCUUGGUGUUAGCACCAACCCGAGAGUUAGCGGUACAGAUCUAUGAAGAAGCCAGGAAAUUUUCAUACCGAUCUAGAGUUCGUCCUUGCGUGGUUUAUGGUGGUGCUGAUAUUGGUCAGCAGAUUCGAGACUUAGAACGUGGAUGCCACUUGUUAGUAGCCACUCCAGGACGUCUCGUGGAUAUGAUGGAAAGAGGAAAAAUAGGAUUAGACUUCUGCAAAUACUUGGUGUUAGAUGAAGCUGAUAGAAUGUUGGAUAUGGGGUUUGAACCUCAGAUACGUAGAAUAGUUGAACAAGAUACUAUGCCUCCAAAAGGUGUCCGCCACACAAUGAUGUUUAGUGCUACUUUUCCUAAGGAAAUACAGAUGCUGGCCCGUGAUUUCUUGGAUGAAUAUAUCUUUUUAGCUGUAGGAAGAGUUGGCUCUACCUCUGAAAACAUUACACAGAAAGUAGUUUGGGUGGAAGAAUCAGACAAACGGUCAUUUCUGCUUGACCUUCUCAAUGCAACAGGCAAAGAUUCGCUGACUUUAGUGUUUGUGGAGACCAAAAAGGGUGCAGAUUCUCUGGAGGAUUUUUUAUACCAUGAAGGCUAUGCCUGUACCAGUAUCCAUGGAGAUCGAUCUCAAAGAGAUAGGGAAGAAGCCCUUCACCAGUUCCGCUCAGGAAAAAGCCCAAUUCUGGUGGCUACAGCAGUAGCAGCAAGAGGACUGGACAUUUCAAAUGUGAAACAUGUUAUCAAUUUUGACUUGCCAAGUGACAUUGAAGAAUAUGUACAUCGCAUUGGCCGUACAGGGCGUGUAGGAAACCUUGGCCUUGCCACCUCAUUCUUUAAUGAUAGGAACAUAAAUAUUACUAAGGAUUUAUUGGAUCUUCUUGUUGAAGCUAAACAAGAUGUGCCGUCCUGGUUAGAAAACAUGGCUUAUGAGCACCACUACAAGGGUAGCAGUCGUGGACGUUCUAAGAGUAGUAGAUUUAGUGGAGGGUUUGGUGCCCGAGACUAUCGCCCGAGCAGCGGUGCCAGCAGGUUCCGC